ACAGGAAGCUUUUUGCGUGUGUGUAAUCCCAUUAACCAUUAAGACCAGCCCUCAUCCCCUGGUGUGUUUGCUCUGCUGUAGGCGGCCUUCUAGCGUCUCAACUGAUAAAAGAAAAGGCGGCCAUUCAUGUUGUUGGACUACUGUUGCAGGUGUUGUGGGUAUUGUGGGUCUACUCUGAAGCGCUAUGGCCCAACAUCAGUCAAGAUCAAGACCAACGUCAGUGAAACAUGGAUUGUUCUCCAGAACUUGCUGAUGUGCAUAAUAUCCUUCUAUGCUGUUUACUACAUAGUGGUCAGUCUCUGCAUUGGUAUUCUCAGGGUACAUGAGGUUGACAGCCUUUUAGCGCCCUUUGACUACACAACACAGCCAUCAUGGCAAAGUCCAAAAUACCUAGUGACAGUGAUCUCCAUGGAGCUGACCUAUCUUUUGGGAGGCCUGAUAUUUGCGUGGAUUGUCGAGGAGUGGGUGUGGGACUACGCCAUCACAGUCACACUAAUCCACAUCGGUCUGACGGUAGCAGUUAUGUCUGAUUUCCCGUCAACAGAACAUUAUUGGAUUGCCCUUGGUUCUGGAUUGGUGAUGAUGAUUUUCGGAGGCCAACUUGUAGCAUAUAAACUCUUCAGGAAUAAUUUUGUGUAUCCGGAUGAGCUCCAACAUUUCUAAGAAAAAGAUUUCGCUUUUCUUCUACAAAAUGAUGUAGGGUCAAAUAUUUUUUUAUAUUCAUUUUUUUUUGUACUACACAACUUUGGUACUCUGUAAAUCCACACAUUAUAUUGUUUGGAAGGAAUAGUUGAGAAUAUGGGGCAGCAGGGUAGCCUAGUGGUUAGGGCAUUGGACUAGUAACUGAAUGGUUGCAAGUUCAAAUCCCUGAGCUGACAAAUCUGUCGUUCUGCCCCUGAACAGACAGUUAACCCACUGUUCCUAGGCCGUCAUUGAAAAUAAAAAUGUGUUCUUAACUUGCCUAGUUAAAUAAAGGUAAAAAAAUAUAUAUAUUAAACACUUCUUGCCAACAAUGUUCUUGUUUUUGUGUAUCUUGUUCAUAUUCAUAUCCAUGCCAUUGGAAAUAAUAAGGAAUUACUAUUUUUAGAGAUGGAAUAAACACAAGUGUUAUUGCUAUGUUAUUAAUGUAACAAAGUGUUAUUACUGUGUUAUUACUGUAAUGAAGUGUUAUUACUGUAACAAAGUGAUAUUACUGUGUUAUUACUGUAACAAAGUGUUAUUACUGUGUUAUUACUGUAAUGAAGUGUUAUUAGUGUAACAAAGUGAUAUUACUGUGUUAUUACUGUAACAAAGUGUUAUUACUGUGUUAUUACUGUAAUAAAGUGUUAUUACUGUAACAAAGUGAUAUUACUGUGUUAUUACUGUAACAAACCGAUAAUACUGUAACAAACUGUUAUUACUGUAUUAUUUCUCUAACAAUGUGGUAUUACUUAUAUCAAAGUGUUAUUACUGUUAUUACUGUAACAAAGUGUUAUUACAUUGACAUUUU